GUGCAUUCCAUCCUGUCGUACUUUGCCGCCCCAAUCUUGCUCGCUCGCACAGUGCUCCCUCGUCCGGCCUGACUUUACUAUCAACUGACGUGUUUUGCGCAUUUCCUGGACCAGCGCAGACAGGCUAAGGGAGGGAUAGGGAAAGGAGAGGUAAUUUGCAGGAAACGUAGAGGGAAAGGGAAUCAGACAGGAGCGGGCCGUGCUCGAGAUCUAAUUGAACACUUGGGAACCGUAAGAGAAAACCAUUUGUUACAUGUUAUCAUCUAUCCAGCCGCCACAGUCUACUGACUAGCAGCGAUCAUGUGUGGAGAAGGAAGAAUUCCAAACGUCUAAGCGCAUUUGCUGGAUUCAGAGGAAGACCAACAGUAGAGCUCCAGACAUAUUUACCCUCGCUGUUCACAUAGAACCGUGUCAGGCAUUUGUAGUUUCGUCUGGUUUUCACUUUGGAAAGCCAUACUGAUUCGACUACGAAGGCGGAUUUUAAGCUGGAUUUGAUUUCAGAGAGGGGUGAAUCCGUUUGUUUACGUAUGGUUCCGCACUCAAGGACAGAACAAAACGUAAACAAAAACGGUACCACACUGAGCACCGUUGUAUACUGGGCUGUUUUGCAUUUAAUUAGUGUUCUCUAUGGUACAUGUUGAAAACUGUAACUAGUUCUUUGGUAGUUAUUGGAAGCGGAGAAAUAUGGACAUUUGCUCAGGUUAGCGCGCAAGCUGACUGAACUGAAUUAGUGGGCAUUCAUGUGAAGUCAAUGAUCCUCGUUUGAGUCCUGUGGCGGUGGCCAGUACCAAGACUGUCCUACUGUUUGUUUCAUCUACAAUAUACAAUCACAGAAAGAGCAAGGUUGCAUCGGUAGCAUCAUGGUGGUUUUCAAUGGGUUGCUGAAGAUAAAGGUCUGUAAGGCUUUGGACUUGAAGCCUACGGCAUGGUCGUUAAGACACGCAGUUGGAGUGAAAUCCCAGACCUUUCUGUUGGAUACCUAUAUCGCCCUAAACGUGGACGAUUCACGCGUGGGUCAAACAUCUACCAAACAGAAGACAAACAGCCCAGCGUGGAACGAUGAGUUUGUGACUGAGGUUUAUGACGGAAAGAAAAUUGAAUUGUCCGUCUUUCACGACGCUCCGAUUGGAUACGACGAUUUUGUUGCAAAUUGCACAAUACAGUUCGAAGAUCUGCUGCAGAAUGGCAGCAGACACUUCGAAGACUGGAUUGACUUGGAGCCAGAGGGCAAGGUUUUUGUCAUCAUUGACCUCUCGGGUUCUACAGGUGAAGCUGCCAAUGACAACGAAGAGCGUGUGUUCCGGGAGCGCAUGCGACCGCGCAAACGCCAGGGGGCCGUGCGCAGGAGGGUCCACCAGGUCAACGGACACAAGUUUAUGGCCACCUACCUGAGACAGCCCACCUACUGCUCCCACUGCAGGGACUUCAUCUGGGGUGUCUUAGGGAAACAGGGAUACCAGUGUCAAGUAUGCACAUGUGUGGUCCACAAGCGCUGCCAUGAGCUCAUCAUCACCAAAUGUGCCGGAAUGAAGAAACAGGAGGAUGCUCCUCAGGAGGUGGGCUCCCAGAGGUUCAGUGUGAACAUGCCACACAAGUUCAGCAUCCACAACUACAAAGUUCCCACCUUCUGCGACCACUGUGGCUCCCUGCUGUGGGGUCUCAUGCGACAGGGUCUGCAGUGCAAAGUGUGUAAGAUGAAUGUGCACAGGCGCUGUGAGAGUAACGUUGCUCCUAACUGCGGAGUGGACGCCAGAGGCAUUGCCAAAGUGCUCUCCGAUCUGGGCGUCACCCCAGACAAGAUCUCCAACAGCACACAGAGGAGGAAAAAACUGAACUUCGGCCAGGAUUCUCACCAGCCGGUGACACAAAUGCCACCGUCUGAUCUAGACCGCUGCCAGUCAGCGCCCACUUCUCCCUGUGACCAGGAGCUGGCAGACCUGGUGAACAUCCAUAAGACGCUGUCGUUCAGCCAGUGCAGUCCUGAGCAGCAGUCCUCCUCGUCCACGUCGUCGGGCAGCAGUUCAGAGACCCGACAGAACGGCGACGUCCGGUCCUUGCAGAGCCAGAGGAGGAGCCUUAUGGACUUCAGCUUCAUCAAGGUCCUGGGAAAGGGCAGCUUUGGCAAGGUGAUGCUGGCCGAGCUGAAGGGCACGGAUGAGGUGUACGCGGUGAAGGUGCUGAAGAAGGACGUGAUCCUGCAGGAUGAUGACGUGGACUGCACCCUGACGGAGAAGCGCAUCCUGGCUCUGGCCAGAAAACACCCCUACCUGACCCAGCUCUUCUGCUGCUUCCAGACCAAGGACCGCCUGUUCUUUGUGAUGGAGUACGUGAAUGGGGGAGACCUCAUGUUUCAGAUCCAGAGGUCCAGGAAGUUUGAUGAGCCGCGCUCACGCUUUUAUGCUGCCGAGGUCACUUCUGCGCUGAUGUUCCUACAUCAGCACGGAGUUAUCUACAGGGACUUAAAGCUGGACAAUAUUCUGCUGGAUGCGGAGGGCCACUGUAAGCUGGCUGACUUUGGCAUGUGCAAAGAGGGAAUCCUGGAUGGAGUCACCACCACAACCUUCUGUGGCACCCCAGACUACAUCGCUCCAGAGAUCUUGCAGGAGCUUGAGUACGGGCCGUCGGUGGACUGGUGGGCCCUGGGCGUGCUGAUGUAUGAGAUGAUGGCGGGACAGCCUCCGUUUGAGGCCGACAACGAGGACGACCUGUUUGAGUCCAUCCUGCACGACGAUGUGCUCUACCCCGUCUGGCUCAGCAAAGAAGCGGUCAACAUCCUCAAAGCGUUCAUGACCAAGAACCCCAGUAAGCGCCUGGGCUGCGUGGUGUCCCAGGGCCUGGAGGAGGCCAUCAAAGCCCACUCCUUCUUCCGAGAGAUCGACUGGCUGCUGCUGGAGCAGAGGCGAGUCAGGCCUCCCUUCAAGCCUCGCAUCAAAACCAAACGAGAUGUAAAUAACUUUGAUCAAGACUUCACUCGAGAAGAUCCUGUCUUGACACCCGUGGAGGAGGACAUCAUCAAACAGAUCAACCAGGACGAGUUUAAAGGUUUCUCCUAUUUUGGAGAGGAGGCUCUAUCCUAAAGUUAAUCCUAAACUCCUAUUACCCCCCCCCCCUGCACAACACAGACACAAACACAAAGAUACUCCCAUACAGAUAACAGAUAUAGAACCACAACACACACACACACACACACACGCACACGCACACGCACAUACACACAUA